UUCGUCAAUUUUACACACGCUUCUCACGCACGCGCCGCACACACGCGUCCCUCUCAGCUGUCGCGGUUGUUUACAUCUCACACCAUCGUUCAUCGAUCGGCGAGAUUGUUUUCCGCUCGCAAAAGUUGCAGCUUAGGGAAAGCUUGCGGAAUGACCGAGCAGCAGCAUUCCUCGUUGCAGGGCGCGGUUGUCUCGCAGAUACCAGACACUGUGUGUUACAUACCGAAUUUCAUCAGCGAGGAGGAGGAGACACAGAUCGUAAAGUGUGUGAACAGCGUGCCGCAACCGAAGUGGACGCAACUGAGUCACCGUAGAUUGCAGAAUUGGGGUGGCAUACCGCAUCCCAAGGGGAUGAUAGCGGAAGAGAUUCCCAGCUGGCUCCAAAGGUACAUUGAUAAAGUAGCAGCCCUGAAUACCUUCGAAAAGGGAAUAGUGCCGAAUCAUGUUUUAAUUAACGAAUAUCUACCUGGGCAAGGAAUAAUGGCGCACUCAGACGGUCCGCUUUUCCAUCCCGUAGUGACUACCAUCAGCUGCGGUUCCCAUACACUCCUUGAUUUUUACAAACGAUUGGAAACGGCCGAGCAACAACAACCCAAAUUAGAAUUCAGCUUGCUACUGGAACGCAGGAGUCUGCUGGUCCUGCGGAAGGACUUGUAUCACAAUUACCUGCAUUCCAUAGCCGAGAGAGACGUGGAUAGUAUAUCAGAGGCUUCGAUAAAAAAUCUGCACAUGUGCACGGAGAAGUUUACAGAGGGGCAGGCAAUAAAACGUGGCACUAGGUUGUCUUUAACUAUCAGGCACGUGCCAAAGACUAGUAAAUUAAAGUUGAAAAUUUUUUGAUACGUUGUGAACAUCUUUUGUAUAUUUUUUAAGAGAUGAAUUUAUAUUAAAUAACAACGUUUACAGA